AUGUUCUCGAACUAUCGAGUCCUUUUUCAACGAUCCGUCGCACUCCUCGGAAUUCUAAAUAACACAAUUUUGGCUUUUUUGGUUGUAUACAAAUCACCAAAAAAGUUGGGUUAUUACAAAUAUUUGAUGAUGUACAUUUCCAUAUUCGAAGUAAUUUAUUCCAUUUUGGAUUUUUCAACAGUCCCCGAAAUCUUCAGUAAAGAUUCUGCAUUCCUUAUUGUUAUCGAUAAAAACUCAACUAUUCUUCCUGAUAUUUUGUUGGUUUGUGCUUUGGGUAAGACUUAUUUUAAAAUGUUCAAAAACAUAAUGAUGACACGUUUAGUGGCUUUUUGUAGUCUUUUUGGUAUGUCAAUGGCGAUAUUUGCAAUACAUUUUGUCUACCGAUUUCUGACAUCUUCAUCUAACAGAAGUGGACCAUUAUUCCUAUUUGAAACUGAAAAAGGAACUUACACUCCAAACUUUGAUGCUUUCGUCACUAUUGCUUUUAUGACACUUCUCAUUGGUCUCAGUUUUACUACCGUAUUUUAUUGUGGAUAUCGUAUUUAUAAGAAAAUGGAAUCGCUAACGAUGUUAAGAUCAUCAGGAAUUGAUCGCUCACUUCAAUCUCAAUUAUUCUGGGCACUCGUUUUUCAGACUUUGAUUCCAGUGGUCCUUAUGCAUAUUCCAGCAAGUUUUGGUUUUGUAUUUUCAAUGUUUGGAAUUUCUAUGGAAAUUUUUGGAGAGCUUCCGACAAUUACUGUUUUCAUUUAUCCUGCUCUAGACCCUCUCCCCAACUUUUUCAUAAUUAAGAACUUUCGACAAGCGAUUUUUGAAUUUCUUGGCUGUGGGAAGAAGAAAGAAACGUCGACAUCUUGUAAUGAGAACAAUCCAAUUCAACGGGAAUCACUGGAAAUGCAGAGAAAUGUUUUCGUGGUAGAAUCUAACUGA